AUGAGUUCUUCGACAUCGAGUCGAUAUCGAGAGUCUGCUGCUGUGACAGCACCAACUAAAGUUCAUGAACAACAAAACACAUCAUUUGCUGAAGAACAUGCACUUGAUGCUAUUGCUAAAGAAGCCGAACUUCGUUUACAACAUCAACGUGAACAAAAUCGUGAAGCACGUCAAUUACGUCAUAAAGAAUUAGAAAAAAAUGCUCGUGAUGAUACAGUUGGUAAUAGUUUCAUUUUACAUAAAACUAAUCAAAAGGAACAAGAACAAUAUGAGGAGGAAGAAGAGGAGGAUGAUGGUGGUGAUUCAGCAGCACCUCUUACUCCAUCAGCUCCUAUGGGUGCUAAUCGAUCUCGUUUAAUGAGUAUCGAUGGAGGUAAUAAUAAUACAAUGGGAACGAGUACUAAUUCUUUAUUAUUACAAAAAUUUCUUAAUGGUGAUGUUGAUCUCCGCUCAAUUGAACAACGUGACUUACGGCGUCUUUUAAGUGAACUUGAAACAAAAUAUAAAGCAGCUAUGAUUGCUAAUUCUAGCAUGUACAAUGAAAAACAAGCAUUACGUUAUCAGGUUGAUACAUUUAAAGAUAUAUUAGACGAUCAUUAUGAAACAUUAAAUCAAGCUAAAAGACAAUUGAAAGAAAAAAGCAAAGAUUUUGAACUUCAAAAACGUACAUUAACUGAUCUUCAACAAGAACAUAAUCAAUUAAAAGAAAUUUUAAUUAGUCGCGAGAAACUCAUUCAAGAAUCAGGAAUGCAGUUAUUGACUGGUGACGAAGUCAAUGGAAAAACUAACAGUGAAGAAAAACUUUCAUCUGUUUUACCAACUGGUCUUGUUUCUCAAGAAACUUUAAAUUUACUUAAUUCACUUGGUAAAGGAUCAAUUGAUGAAAAAUUAAAAAGAAUAUUAAAUGAAAAACGUGAACAAUUUGAACAUAUUGUUAAAUUAAAAUCUGAAUUAGAUGAAGAAAAAACUCGUUUACGUACACUUGAACGACAAUUACCAAAACUUAGUGAUUCACAGCAUAAUCAAAAUGGUGCACUAGAUUCUGAACAUCAAAAACAAUUAACGAAAGAAGUAACUGAUUUAAAAAAUCGUUUACAACGUUUAGAAGCUGAAAAUGUAUCCGUACAUCAAGAAAAUAAACGAUAUGAUGCUCAACUUAAAAGACAUAAACAACAAACAGAUGAUGCUGAACGUAUUGAAGAAGAUCUUAAACAAGAACGAAGACGUUUACAACGAGAGUAUCGUGAAAUGAAAUCACGAUAUGAUGAUGCACUAUUGGAUAAUCAACGUUUACAAGAUCGAAUUGAUUCAAUGGAAUUUGUACGACGAAAUUAUAAUUCAUCAUCACGACAACUUAUGAAUUCUAGUGGAGGAGGAGGUGGAGGAGGAGUUUCAUAUUUACCUCCGGCAUCUUCUCGAUCAGGACGUGCACCAUCUGUUGCUCGUUAUACAUCUGUUGAACGUGAAAUGGAUCCAUUACUCCCACCACCAUAUAGAUCACGUGAACCAUCAGUAGCUCGACGAGCUUCACGAGACUAUUCAAAUGAUCGUUGGUCAACAAGGCGAGAUUCAACAACAAAUGACCAUGAUUACACAUCAAGUAAUAUGCGUCGACCAGAUCGUUGGUCCUCAAUGACUUCUCCCAACAUGAGUUCAUCUACUUAUAAUUUUUCAUCACUCCCAGGUAGAAUCUACCCGCAUCUUCGCGUCGCACGUGAAGAAUUAGAAAGUGAACGUACACGCAGUGAUGUUCUACAACGUGAGAAUGAACGUUUACGAACAUUACGUAAAAAAACUUUGCUCAAUAAUACUGAGGAUAAUCUUAGUACAUCAACCAUCGCUUCACGAUCUCAUACAAAUUCACCAUUACUACCUGUUGUGUCUUCAUCUUCGUCUUCAAAUGAUCUGCAUUACAAUCCUUCAAUACUAGAUCCUACUUAA